AAUUUCUGUCUAAUAUUUUGUGUGAAAGUAGUUAAAUCAUGUGAUCAAGCUUCAUAGGCACAGCGAGUUGCAACCGUGCCAGUUUUCUGAAUAAUUGCCACCCUUUGACUAAUUUUGGUUUCAUCUAUUGCCCUACCUUGGACUUCUUGUUUCCUGCUCGCUUUGUUCAUUUUGCCUCUGUGUAACAUUGUCACUAGUUUUCUUUUCCGCCACCUAAUAAAACGUUUCCUGAAUCAGUAUUUUUCCCACCACCGACUAAGAAUAAAAAUUGCACCCUUUUUGAUAUUGAUGGUGUAAAAAGUUUGUACGUGUUUUUCUAUAUACUCUAACAACAACAAAAAUUAUACGUAUGAGGGUACUAGAGGGUCGUGCACAAGUCGCGAAGACGAACCCCGGUGGUGGUCCGCGGUGGUUUGGUUUAUUUUCUUCCCGAGGAACUAGACUGGUGUCAUCUUGCUUGAUGAUUAUACCCGGCGUCUUCAUUUCAUCAUCUUCCGGUGCGGCGGGAGUUCGUGUCCACGCGCUGCGGCCCAUAUUUCGCGGAGAGCAGGUUGAUGCGGAGGAUUGCUCCUUCGCGCCUGGUGGGUCUACUUCUAAUGGCAGUUCUGUAGAAGUCCCGUCCACCUGCGAAGAGGUUUCUGCAGGAGCUCCAGUUGAGACGAAACACUAUAAAGAAAGAACAGCUCCAUUCUCGAGACAGCAUAUUCACCAAUGCCGGGAGACGAGCAUCCAAAGCUCUGGUCCUCCACCUCCAAGUGCAGGAGCCGCUGGAGUAGACCACAAGAAAAACGGUCCUCCUGGUACUAUUCAAACUCGACGCACAGAAGAGAACACCGUUGUUGAAGACAAUCGUGACGAUUCUAUGCUUUCUGAUCAAGGAAAUUAUAACUAUCAACUGUAAAAAUGUCUGGGUCUGGAAAAAUGCAAGUUUGUCAUGCUUGUCUGGCAUGACUCGAGAAUCUGUGUUGCAUAGGCACGAAAAGGCCCUCUUACCUGUCAUGCAAAAACGCAGUUUGCCAUGCGGAAUACGUAAGACAUGGCAGUCAAAAAAUUCGUCAUGCAUAGCUGCGUAUUGCAGUGCGUCUACCAUUCAUUUUUAGCAUCACAGACCCAGAGCCAGACACUUUUGCAUUUGAUAAUAACCCCGGGCGUGCGACUGGAAGUAGAUCCUCGACCACUCGCAACGGUCCGGAGGAUGUUGAUCUCCUCGACGGCGCAGAAGGGGUGCAUCAAGCAAUUAGUGGCAUAACUUCUACGUCCGACUUGGGAGCAGCAGGUGGCGAAGAACAAGAACUAGAUGCCACUUAUAAUUUCUCGCCUAGUCUAGGUUUUUCUUUUUACAACUCCGAGUCGACGUAUAGCAGCAGUUCUUCGGACCAUGAAGUUGACAGUGGAGAUCAUGCCCGGGACCAUGAACAACGGCUUUACAACAACCCGCCUGGGCGAGUAAACAAUCCAAGGCGACCCGGAGCUUUCCGAGUCGGCUUUGAAGACCGGGAAGGGGAACAAGAAGACUGUUUCUCCAGUGUCAGUACGGCGGACUCCAUUCUUCAAUUGGCCGAUCACCUGGACGUAUUUGCCGCCGCGACAUUUGAUCACGACGAAGACCUAUCAAAUGCAAAAAUGUCUGGGUCUGCAAGAAUGCAAGUUUUUCAUGCCUGUCUGGCAUGACUCGAGAAUCUGUGAUGCAUAGGCACGAAAAAGGCCUCUUACCUGUCAUGCAAAAACGCAGUUUGCCAUGCGGAAUACGUAAGACAUGGCAGCCAAAAAAUUUGUCAUGCAUAGCUGCGCAUUGCAGUGCGUCUAUCAUUCACUUCUAUUAGCAUUACAAGUUUCCUCCAGACCCAGACAUAUUUGCAAUCCAUAAGACCACGAGCUAGACACCGAUCUAGAGCUCGACCGCUUCGCGAAUCCGGACAACGCGCAGGAAGUUGCGAAUGUGAGAGCCAAGCUGGACGCAGAGGUGAAACAGUUCUGGCACGAAUCCCGGUUCGACCAAGAAGACAAUAGAGAUUAUACCACUUACUCCUACCGCCUACGUUUAUUCCGGAAGUUUCUGAAGGAAAUUUUUUACCUGAGACAAGCGAAAAAUGACGGGGUGAUGAGGAAGGCUCAGACUGCUCUGUCGAGCAGAAGAACAAGAAGAGCUACUGUCUCGUCAAUUAUCCCUCGCCUCUACGCAGAGCUCGCCGGAAGCAUGCAGUUUCGAAUUUCCGCGAAGCAUGCGGUCGAGGAAGUGUGGAAUGCGGGGCUGUUCGAAGAGCAACAAGCGGAAAGAAGCACGAGUUCGUGCUGCUAUGAUAUUUUUACCGGCCUCCAGAACCAGAGUCAGAUGAUGAUUCCGUUUCCGACUUCUACGGCCAAUUGCGAGGCCAUAGACGGAACAACUUCCAGCGGUACUACUGUUUCUGCUGCACGACCACCAGAGCUGCAGCUGUUUGAGCCAACCGACACAACCUUUCCCUGGAUAAAAACGCAGGAAGAGGGACACCUUCCGACGGCCGCGUUUGAUAUUUUUCCGCUAGUGCCAGCGUCUUCCAGCACAAUAGAAGAUGAACAAAACGAUCUCAAGCUCCCCUCCGCCAGUUUUUUGGCGCAGCAUCCGCAAGCAGCUCACGAUGAUCGUGUGGAAAUAAAGACAACUAGAGCAGCUACCCCGUUUUUCGAUAAAAAGCCGCUUUUGGAAUUGACGGACGCCAAACUUGUGUUUGCUUUCGUGGUAGACCCGUGGAAUCUCUUGAAAGAGAUGCUGGAAUUGUACAAUAGACUGAAGGCAGCUUCGUCCUCUUGUGGUGAGGACGACACGUACGUUAAAAGAACAAGGAGGCAUAGCAGCAGGCGACGCCACAUGACGACCAGGAAGAACCAUUGCGACCAGGGUCGUCAUCCUCCGCCUCGGUUACCCACUGCGGAGAUGGUGGACUUUUUUGUCCAACACGGUCAGGAACGAAUGGUGAGGAUUUUACGCUUAAUCCGCACCCUGAAUCGCCGCGCCGCGCGCCGGGCUGCAGCACUGGAGGAUGAACCGGAGCGACAGGAAGGUGGUACUACGGCAUUUACAGAACAAGUUGUUCACGACCGCCGGGAGGAGGGCCGCACGACUAGAAGAUGGCAUGAUAUGAGAGCAACGCUACACAGGAGGAGGAACUCCUUUCGCGACCCCUACCACCGGCAACAUCUUCGGGAGGCACUGAAGUCGCAGACGCGCGACCAAGCGCGCGAUAUGGAAGAUCAUGCUGACAUGUUGGCUGAACAGGCCGACGGUUUUUUGUGAGGAUACCGUACUAUAUUGCGAAACUGUAGUUGUACAAUGUGAACCAAGUGUUCUAUGCUUUUCCCGAGAAGAUCGCGUUUUUUGUUGUGAUGUGAAACAAUAAAGAAACAUCAAGACCUCGACCUUUGGUGAUCAUUUUCACGGACGAUUUUCGCAACUAGGCGCCACGACAU